UGCCUGGUUACUAGGGCAACUCACACACUCCUUCACCAGCCCCUACCUGCGUCCCAUCCCAUCUCACCCUCCUACUCAUGGUUUUCCUAUACCCUGUGCCCGCCUCUGGCUGCUGUUGUCCUAAGAAGCCUCCCUCCCCCUCCGAACAGAAUCCCUCUCCUAGUAGAAGGAAGGCCAACCCCGUCUUCCUAGAAAGUGCCUCGUAGGAGGGCGAGGGAGCUGAGCUCGGCUCCGUUUCUCUGACGGCAGCGUAGUUCGGCCCUGGCCCCGCCCAGGCUGCUGCCCUUGGCAACGCAGAGACGCUCAGGCCAGCAUGGCGACCAGGGAGAAAGACAAGGGGAAGGAGAAAGAGAAGGAGAGUCCGAGUGUGUGCCCGCAGGAAGAAGAAAACAUUAUUAAAGAUGAAGAGGCGAUGGCCUGGAAGCUUCUUUCCCUUCCCCAAAUUACCAUUCUCUGGGAACAAGAUACUGAGGGAGUUCAAAAACAUUUGGAAACAUUUCUAAAUUUGGAAAACCACAAGACAUCUUUGAAAGAAGCUGUGUUAUUGGAUUAUUAUGUGUCAGGAUUCUGUUGGGCUAAGGCAUUGGACCUGACACCUGUGCAGAUUGGAGGGUUCCUGACUCUGUUAAAUUUGUUGCUGGAGAACCUUGAAACCCAACAUAUGACACUAGAAGAUAAUAUCCAAGAACUUGGAAGCACAAUGGCUGGAAUUGGACAGAGUAAUUCAGAGACAAGUGGUGGGUUUGAAUUCUUCACUGUAGACCAAGCCAAGGCUAUAAUCAAUUAUUUGAAGAUCAGAAGAAGAAGAUUCAAGUGUGCCAUAAGCUUAUUCCAACAUUAUACAUUAUAUGAGUAUCUUUUCCACACUCCUAGGGAAGAACUUGUGAUAGGAGAUGAGAAUGUUGUUGAAGUUGUCAAGCCUGCAGAAUCCCCUUUUCCUGCUCCCUUGGAAGAAGGUCUGCCUUAUGAUAUUUAUUCCAAAUUUAUAGCUUUUAUCCCAGCUACAGAGGAUGCAACUGAGGAAAUUGCUGGAGAAAUUCAGCCAGAGUUGCAGCCUGAAGCAGAACCUGUUGUAGAUCCUUUGGAAGGUUUCACCAUGCAGGAUGUUAAGUCAGUACUAGGCGAAGUCACUGGUGAUAUGAUCGGCAGCCUUCAGAUUGAGAUAAAUGAAAAGCUACAAACACAGGAAGAGGUGUUCUCUGUGAGAAUAGACAAGCUGAAGAAAGUCUGAAGAAGAAGAAAAAACCUGUGCUAGCAGAGUGAUGGUGGCAUCUUACACAGCUUGUCUGAAACAAAAGACAGUGAUUCCUAUGUCAUGUUUUCUAAGGUCGGCUAAACUGGGUUCAUUUUCAUCAUCCGGGAGGCAUUAUUCUACAGUCUAUAGAACACCUCUCUCUGUAAUUUAGCGUUACUAAAUAUAGUUGAAUACUUGGUAGAGGAGGAAGAAAAUUAAAACUGAAACUUCUUUCAAAGAAGUGUCCUGAUUUUGUUGUUUUUGAGUGUUGUUAGAUUUGUGAAAUUUCCCUAAGACAUGCAGAUUAUCCAGGCAAAGAUUCUAAGCCAUUAGGGAUAAAAAAACCAACAAUCCCUUUUCUAAAAGAGUCAUGUUUUCCCUCUCUUCCUCCCUUCUCUUUCCCCACCACUUAAGCAGUUCAGAGACAUCUCUACUAUUCUCUUCACUUUGUCCAGAUUGCAGGGAUAUUCAUAGCUGUUACACCUAAAACAUGGAAAAUGUGCAUUAAAGUCUGCACAUUCAUAAAAACUUAAGAACAGCCCUGCUGGAUCAGGCCCAAGGCCAUCUAGUGCAGCAUCCUGUUUCACACAGUGGCCCACCAGAUGCCAUUGGGAGCCUACAGGCAGGAGUUGAGGGCAUGCCCUCUCUCCUGCUGUUGCUCCCCAAUUCUUAUUUGUCUGCCCUGAAUGGUCAGAAAUAACUUUCAAGAAAAUGAACAGGAUGUUUUCGUUUUGAAUGUAUGGCAACAAAAAUGAAUAAGGAAAUUGAAGUUACUGCUUACAUGGUGUGGAAGUUAAGGUAACCACCAUGCUUUUUAGGGCAUGAGUGAAAAUUGUGAGCAUUCAACUAUCAUCUGAAACUGAAGGCAUUUUAAAAAUAUUUUAAUGUUCUUUGAAAGAGCACUAAAACUCAUCUUAAGAGAAGGCAUUAAACUCUCAUCUGAAACUGAAGGCAUUUAAACAAUAUUAUAAUAUUGUUAUUUGAAGGGGCACUAAAUUAGUAGUAUGUGUAGGUUUAAAAUUGUGUAGCUCUGUAGGUUGUUUUGAGUAAUUUCACCUAUAGUCUCUUACUAAAUAUGCACAGAUGUUUUACAUAAGUUUAGUAGCUAGUGGUUGUUUUUCAGAAUAAAAAGAUAACCAACAACUGUGGCCCAAUUCCACACACUUAAUAGAAAAUGGAGAGUAAUCCUUUAGCAGAUUUCAUGAAACAGCAAGAGCCAAGUAAGCUGAAUGGAACCUUCAGAGGCAGUAUACUUCUCAAUACCUGAUUCUGGGUACAUACAAUGGGAAGAACAUUACAGUCAUCUUACAAUGUACUCUAUUCUCAAAUGUUUGCAAAUGGGUGCCUAGAGUGAAUUAAAAGUGAAAAACGAUAUAGGGAUUUAGUGGGAGAGAAGUAAAAACAGUUCUGCCAGCAUUAGUGUAGUAAUUUUUACAAGAGGCCUGCAAUGCUAUUCACUAACAAAUCCACACAGUUUCUGCUUUGUUUAUACUGAAAAUCUACUUUAUAUAUUCCUCCCUCAGAAGAAAAAUAGAUUCGCAAUUCAAAAGAUAUAAAUUUGGGUUCAGAAGACUAGUGCCACAUCCACUUUAGUCAGCUAUCAAUACUAACAUGCAUGAGCAACUUUUUAGAAGGAAUUAUAAGUAGCUCCUAGCUAUUAUUAAAACACUACAUUUGUUGUUUCAAUAAAGCUGCAUAAUGUUUAAUCAUA